AUGGCUACGAACAUCACUUGGCACGAAAAUCUAACUCACGAUGAGCGGGCAGAAUUCAGAAAACAAAGGGGUGUUACUGUCUGGUUGACUGGUCUUUCCGCUAGUGGUAAGUCGACCAUUGCCUGUGCUCUAGAGCAAACUCUCUUACAGCGUGGGUUGAACUCUUACAGACUAGACGGUGACAACAUUAGAUUCGGCUUGAACAAGGAUUUGGGAUUCUCUGAAGCCGACAGAAAUGAGAACAUCAGAAGAAUCAGUGAGGUUGGGAAAUUGUUCACUGACUCGUGUUGCGUCACCUUGACUUCAUUCAUCAGUCCAUACAAAAACGAUAGAGACUUUGCUAGAAAAUUGCACGAGGAAUCGAACUUGCCUUUCGUUGAAGUGUACGUUGACGUUCCUGUUGAGGUUGCCGAAAAGAGAGACCCUAAAGGUUUAUACAAGAAGGCCAGAGAAGGUGUAAUCAAGGAAUUUACCGGAAUUUCUGCCCCAUAUGAGGCUCCAGACAAGCCAGAGAUCCACUUGAGAAAUUACGAUGGUCAAACAGUAGAGGAGUCUGCCCAGACAAUCGCCGACUUCUUGAUAGAAAAAAAAUACAUCUAG